AAGCUAUGCAGAAAUAUUUGCUGGUUCAAAAUAUGCGAUCAAACGUGCUGAAAUAGGUCGAAAUCUCAAGCUUAGAAUCUCGGGGCUCCUUAUACAUUUAGAGCCCGGAAAGAAUAUACCCGAAGCCCGCUACACCCUCGGGAUUCGGAGAUCUGUAUGAGAUAUUUCACGUGCAAGGGACCAGGGUUGGUUGAACUUGAAGCAAGGGCUAAGAAGAUUGGAAAGAAGAAAACUAAAAGCAACAUCAGCACCAUGAGUUCCAAUUCUAACCAUCAGAUUAUCAAUUCAAACUCAACUUCAACUUCAACAAUCAAAUCAAAACUACUAUCAACAACAACAACAACAACAAAUGCAAACCAGAUCGCUUCAUCAGCAAAACUAGCCUUCGAUAAAUUUCAAUCUUCUUCAUCAGAAUCAAAGAACUUGGCACUUCAAUCAUUAAAACAAACAUUAAGUGAACAUAGAGAAGAAGUCAUUCAAGCUAAUCAAUUGGACCUUCAAGCAGCAAAAGAAGACCAGAACACUACUCAAGCAAUCUUAAAUCGAUUAGAUCUACUAUCAUCUCCUAGCAAAUAUGAUCAAAUUCUGGACGGAAUUGACGAUGUGAUUAAGUUGGAUGACCCAGUUGGAAUUGUACAAUCAAUUCAAAAACUAGAUCACAACUUGGAGCUUUAUAAAGUCACUUGUCCGAUCGGUGUCCUUCUUAUCAUCUUUGAAUCUCGUCCAGAGGUUAUCAUCAAUAUCACUGCCCUUGCGAUCAAGAGUGGUAACGCUGCUAUCCUCAAAGGUGGUAAAGAAACUUCACAAACUCAAAAAGUUAUUACCAAUCUUAUUCACGCAUCACUAGUUUCUUCAUCUUUACCAUCCAAUUUGAUCCAAACUGUAUCAAGUCGAUCUGAGAUUAGUGAACUUUUGAAAGAAGACCAAUUUAUUGAUUUAGUGAUCCCUAGAGGUUCAAAACAACUUGUACAAAAUAUCAAAUCUAAUACUAGUAUACCUGUCUUGGGGCAUGCUGAUGGACUUUGUACCAUUUAUGUGGAUAAAGAUGCUGAGAUAGAUACUGCUAUCAGGUGUAUCAUUGACGCAAAGACAACAUACCCAGCUGCAUGCAAUUCGGUUGAAACCGUCCUUAUUCAUCGAUCACAUCUGACCACGAACUCAAGAUUCACCGAAUUGAUCCUUGCUUUACUCAAUUCCAAAGUGACCCUCAAACUUGAUCAAUCAAUCUUAGAUACCCUCAAUCAAUCUCAAUCCGUUACCUCACAUCCACUCUUCUGGACGAAUUGUUCAUUAUCCAAACCAGAAGAUUAUCAAACUGAAUGGCUUUCAUUAACCCUCUCAAUACAUACGAUUGAUAGUCUUCAAGAAGCAAUAGAUCAUAUCAAUCAAUUCUCUUCACAUCAUACUGAUUCAAUCAUAAGUAAAUCAGAAUCAAAUUCUAACAAGUUUUGUAAAGAAGUCAAUAGUUCAUCUGUCUUUGUGAAUUCGUCGACAAGAUUUGCAGAUGGUUAUCGAUUUGGAUUUGGAACUGAGAUUGGAAUUAGUACAUCUAAAAUUCAUGCAAGAGGUCCGGUUGGAUUAGAUGGAUUAGUGAUUUAUAAAUUCAUUUUGAAAUCUUUAGAUCAAAAUGGUCAUAUUACCAAUGAAUUUGGUGAUCAAACUCAUCAAAAGAAAUAUUUACAUCAACCUAUUGAACUUGAUGGUUCUAAAGUUCCUUAUUGAUUUUUUUUGUGUUUCAGGGAAACUUUAUAUAUAUAUAUCUAUUUUAUGCUUGUAUGCAAACACUUGAUUCGAAUAUAUCAUCAUCUUGCUUUCUUUCUAGAGUGUUUGCUGUUUGUUUCUUUGUUGGAUGCACGAAAUGAAGUUUGGAAGGACGUGUAAA